AUGGCUCCCCGACACGUAUCCUUUACCCCCUUGGGACUAUCACCAUCACGAUCUCUAUACAGUAUUCUUAUACUAUGCUUCCUAGCAGUUUCAACUGGGGUCAAUGCGCUGGUGGAUACGUCUCAGGAAGUCUUAGAAGUGGCUUCAUCAUCCAGUGUGCUUGACGCUUCCUCGAAUGAGACCAGCUUUGGAAAUACUGUAUCAAACCCGGAAGAGCCGACUCACGAACCCAUGCUCGAUACCUUGCAGGAACUUAUCGACGCCCUGCAGGUGAUGCAAGACAAGUACUUUGUACUAUGGCAGGGCACGUGGCCCACCAGCAUCGAUUGGACCGCAGCGGUAUUAGGGACACAUGUUUCCGCCGCGCUAUCGUCUUUGACCUCAGGUCCACUUGAUCUCCCUGACACGGAUGAAUUGCAGGGAUUAUCGUUCUUCACGCUUGAAAAUACAGUCAAUCAGUUUUUCAGUCAUACAUCUGCAUUCUAUUUUGGCGAAAACGCUUUCAGCCUAAGAAACCAGGCCUACGACGACAUGCUUUGGGUCGUCUUGGGAUGGUUAGAAAAUAUCAAGUUCCAGAAUCUUCACUCGGACCUUCACUAUGUGUCCUCAACCAAUUAUUCCGGACAACCGUGGUACGGUACCCAGUUUCGGGAUUCUGCUGCACACAGAGCGCGCAUCUUUUACGAGCUUGCCUCCGCCGGUUGGGACAAGACUCUCUGCGAGGGGGGUAUGAUAUGGAGCCCGUACUUGCUGCCAUACAAGAACGCGAUCACGAACGAGCUCUUUGUCUCCGCGAGCAUAGAAAUGUAUUUGUAUUUCCCAGGGGACUCCAUUGAUGCCCCGUUUCUUGCCGGCUCGCAAGGCACGCAGCCAGCACGAAAUAAUCCACACAGUCCUGUUCAUCUGAAAGCUGCGAUCGAUGCGUACGACUGGCUCAAGGAUUCGAAUAUGACUGGCAUUGGCGGUCUCUAUGCAGAUGGUUUCCACAUCAGUGGCUGGCAGAGCACAUCAAAUCCCGGCUCGCGGCAAUGCGACGAACUCAACUCGAUGGUUUACACGUACAACCAAGGAGUCAUUCUCAGCGGGCUGAGAGGACUCUGGUUAGCCACGAAAUCACGGGACUAUCUGCAUGACGGUCAUGAGCUUGUUUACAAAGUGAUGCGGGCCACUGGGUGGCCACAUACUUCCAGCCGACAGUGGCGGGGAAUUGGUCGUGGAGGCAUCCUCGAGGAGGCAUGUGAUUCUCAUGGGGCCUGCUCCCAGGAUGGACAGACCUUCAAGGGGAUCUUUUUCCACCAUCUAUCAGGAUUCUGCCGACCUCUUCGGCCACAAGAAAAGCAUUUUCUGGUGGAUACAGCCCGUAUACAUUCAACAGGUGAUGAUUGGGUAGAGCAGUAUGAGGAGCAUAUGAAGCGGUGUCGUGCCUAUGGUCCUUGGAUCGAGCACAAUGCGCAGGCCGCCUUAGUAACUCGUGACAACGAGGGCAGGUUUGGUUCUUGGUGGGGUCGUACAUAUCAUCAGCUGGAAGCUGAGGGGAUCGUGGACAGUAGCAUCAUCCCGGAUGGCGCUGUCGACUCCCGCAAUGAUGAUUACGACUACAAAUCGUCAACUGCGGGUUUCACGUCAAAUGACUAUAAUGACCGGGGCCGGGGCCGCACGGUUGAGACACAAUCCGGCGGUAUCGCCGUGUUGAGAGCCUUGUACCAAUGGCAAUCGUACGAUGCUCUAUGA